AUGGGAAAGACGACGAAGUCUGAGACGGCGCAAGUCUCGGACGGCGAGAAGACGACCAGCGUCCCCAAGCACGCGCCCCUGAAGUUCUCCCUGAAGUUCCUCACGCCCCAUCCGCUCGCGGGAGCCAUCGUGGGCCCUGGAGGGACCAAGAUCGCUGCGCUGCGCGAAGGGAACACCGCCAGAGUGCAGCUGUCAAACCGUAAGGAGACGUACCCCGGCAACGACCGCCGCCAGCUCACCCUCUCGUGCGAAACCGAGGAGGCGCUCCUCGACCUCGCCACACAGAUCCUGAAGAUCCAGCUGAAGAUGAUCUCCCCAGAGGAGCUUCGGAAGAGCAAGGAUGACCAAUGGCCCUCCAGAGAGUCUAUCGGCAAAGACGACAUGCUCAAGAUCUGCCUCCUGGUCCCCCGCGCGGCCGGUGGCGGCAUCAUCGGCAAGGGAGGCGCCACCAUCAAGCAGCUGCGCGAGUCCAGCGGAGUGAAGAGGAUGGACGUCAGCGAUGGCGAGUACAGAAGCGAGGGCCCUGCUUCCGACCAGCUGGUCAGCAUCACGGGCUCGCUGAAGGCUUGCCAGACCGUGAUCAAGGAGGUGAGCAAGCAGGUCCAGGCACUCAGCGGAGAGGCCUGGUUCGGCGUCUGGCUAGCGCGGACUCCGGCUGCGACCAGCGGCUGGGAGGCCAGCGGUUCCGAUGCCGACUGGGGCUGGAACGACUGGAACGGCAGCUGGGACUGGAACAGCAGCUGGGACUGGAACAGCAGCUGGAGCGACGGCUGGGGCCACAGCAGCCGUGGCCCGAGCAGCGCUGGCCCGGGCCUGAGCACUCUCGUGCAGGCCGCGUGGGAGACGCCCCGCUACGUCCUGGAGGACUCACGCGGCUUCGCGAUGAGCUGCAUUGUGCCCAGGAGUCUCACCGGCGGCCUCAUUGGCCGCGGCGGCCAGAACGUCCAGAAGGUCAAGGAAAGGACCAACGCAGACAUCUCCAUCCGGCCGAUUCCCGAUGACCCCGACCACAGCAGCCUGAACAUCGUUGGCCCCCUGCCCAACGCCUGCGCGGCGUACAUGCUCAUGAUGACGCUUUACCUGGACGCCGAGGUCCUCGGCGUCGUGCUGUCCAUCCAGCCGCGCGAGAGCGCCGGCGGCGGCGGCAAGAGCUCCGAGGAGAUCGUGGCGGAGCUCGCGCAGCUGCAGGAGUCGCGGCUUCCGGCCAG